AUGCCCCCCCAAAACACCCCCGCAUCAGACUCCGAUGCACCUCCCGGCGCCGUUAACAUCUCCUCCCUCUCGACCCCGCAACUCCGCGCCUUACAGACCCGCCUCUCAACGGAACUCGAGCACCUCACCUCUUCACACGCAAAGCUGCGCGCCGCACAAUCGCGCUUCCGAGACUGCGUGCGCUCGAUCAAUGAGGGCGUGAUUGGGUCCGCAAAGAAGGGGACGGAGGGGAAGGAUGAGAUCCUCGUGCCGCUGACGAGUUCGCUGUAUGUUAAGGGGCGUUUGACGGAUCGAGAGAAAGUGCUUGUUGAUGUUGGGACGGGGUAUUAUGUUGAGAAGACCGCGGCAAAAGCGAUUGAGUUCUACGAGCAGAAGGUGAAGGAACUGGAGACGAAUCUUACGGAGUUGGAGAAACUUGUGCAGACCAAGAGCUCCCAGCAAAGACUUUUUGAGGAUGCUCUGAGGCAAAAGUUGAUGAGCGAGGGUGCUGCGUCAUCUGCCCAGGCUGCGGCUGCUGGCUGA